AUUCGGCCAGAGGUACGCGAAAUGCUCGUUAAGCACAGAAGAGCUCGAACCUGCUGUUCAGAACAGACAGCCUGCACCAUAAUCUGCACCUUCGCAGAAAAGUGGCUCCAUGGUCGACCGCUGCAGUGUGACGCCUUGGAGCCAGAUGACAUUGUGGCACUUGCCAGUCUAGUGGAGGGCCCAGAGGCGCGUCUAGACUACCUGAUGAUGGUGGCAGCAGUGGCUAUCAUGUUUGCUGGCUUCUUCCAGUUCGAUGACGCUGUUGAAACUUGCAUGCAUGAGGACUUGCUGUUGAUUUCCACAUCCCACAUGGAAAUCUUCAUUCCCCGCUCGAAGACAGACCAGCUCAUGUGUGGCCACCGGGUCGUCAUUGCACGCUCCGGGGGCCCAUGCUGCCCAGUCGGUCUUACGCAGCACUUGCCGGAGUUAGGUGGCUACCGCAGACGGCCAGUAUCAGCAGACGAAGACAUGGGACCACUCCUCCGACCAGUCCAAUGGACCCAGCGUGGCGAGUACCUCUCGGGUCCCCUGACCGCACGGCAGCGGACCAUGGAGUCCCGGCAGAGUUGUGCAAGGCACAUGGCCGCUGGCGCCAUGGUACAGCACUACACGCAGCGCGACACUGCGGCCAAGCUUGAAGUCUCCCGCCGCCUAGGCCUCGCUGUCCCAGACACCUCCACACCGGGCUCGGCUGGCGGCAGACCGGUGGAAAACGCUCGCUAA